GCACAACUAUCUACCGCGUCGAACAAACCAACUGGAUUCUAUAUCAACCCUUCACCAUGUAUCUCAUGUCUACCUUCCAUUCCAUCCUCGCGAUGACCCUCACCUUCGCAAUAUCUGGUCAAGCAGCACCAUCACAGUCGCUCACCACGCGCGCAACCUCCGAUCUGCCCUUGACAGCUCAACUGAAACUGGCAAACACAGCAACCGAGCGCUAUGCUCUCCUCCCCAACGACAGCGACUUCAUCUACGACUUUACCGCCAGCACCAACAACGAAACCGCCCUCCCCAUCGCCAGCAGCCAGAACUGGCCCGCCCUCGUCGGCGUCGGCCUAUCCUUCAGCAUCUCCCAGCUGCCAGCAUGCACCAUGUCCUUCCUCCAUCUGCACCCAAGAGCCACCGAACUCUUCGCGGUAACCUCCGGCCGCAUCCAGAGCUACAUGGUGCCCGAGACAGGCGUCACCGAUGCCCAGGGAAACCAGCGCGUGGUCAGCACGGAGCUGACCGCGGGGACGGUCACGGUCUACCCGGCGGGGUCGUUCCACACGCAGGUGAACCCGGACUGCGAGGCGGCGAAUUUCUCGGCCGCGUUCAACUCGGAGGAGUUUGCCGUGGGGUUGGUCUCGGCUCGGUUGUUUGCCUUGCCCGAUGAGGUGGUGAGUCGGGCUUUGGGAGGCGUUGGGGUGGACGAGGUGCAGAGGAUUAGGGGGUUGGUGCCGGAUGAAGCUGCGUUGGUUGUGGGGGAGUGUGUGAAGAAGUGUGGGUUGUAA